AUGUUAAAAUUUUUCAUAUUCAUUUUACACAUAUAUUUAUACAUCGAUUCAAUAUAUUCAUCAGAACUAAGCAAACAUGUAAAACAUGAUACAGAUGAAUUAAAAUAUGCUAGUCCAACUUAUGAUCCCAAGAAAGGUACCAAGGUUAUUUUUUAUAUGCCAGGAAAUGAGCAAGGCGUUAUACCGAAUAAUAUACAAAAUAAACAACAUGGAACCUCAAUAUAUCCUGCUAUUGAAUAUCCUACUACUAAAUAUCCUGCUAUUGAAUAUCCUGGUAGUGAAAUGAAUAAUGGGAAAACAGGAACUACUAAUUCAGGAAUAUAUAAUAAAGCCCAUGGAUCUUCUAAUGAUUAUAAUGCAAGUAAUUCUCAAGAUAAAACCAUAAAUUUACAUAUAGAUGAAAAUAAUUCAAAUAAUUCAUAUCAACCAUAUGAUUCAAAUAAUACUAAUAAUAAUACUAAUAGUAAUAAUAAUAGUAAUAAUAAUAGUAAUAAUAAUAGUAAUAAUAAUAGUAAUAAUUAUAGUAAUAAUAAUAGUAAUACUAAUAGUAAUACUAAUAGUAAUACUAAUAGUAAUAAUAAUACUACUAAUUAUGAUUUAAACAGUGAAUAUGAAAAAAUUAGAAGAAAAGAAGAAGAAGCUGCAAGAAGAAUAGAAAGAGAAAGAAGAGCAGAUAUAAAUAGAAAAAAUCAAGAUAAUAAUUCUAACAAAUAUAAUAAUGAACAAAAUGGAGGAUAUGAAUCUGAUGGAAAUUCACCCAAUAGUAGAGUAAAUAUAAAUAUAACAAAUAAUGGAACACAUGGUAAUCCGCAUAAUAAUAAUUCUUAUGGUCACAAAAAUAAUAUGCAUAAUACAACUAAUGGUAAUUAUGCUAAUGGUAAUUAUGCUAAUGGUAAUUAUAGUAAAGGUGAUUAUACUAAUGGUGAUUAUACUAAUGGUGAUUAUACCAACGGAGAUUAUACUAAUGGUAUAAAUAAUAAUAUGCAUGGUAAGAAUAAUUAUAAUACAGCUAAUGGUGAAUAUGUUAAUGGAGCUUAUGAUGGGUUGAAUAAUGGAUCAUAUAAAUUAAUUGGUAAUUUAAAUAAUAACCAAAAUGUAGAUAAUUCUUAUAAUCAAGGUAAUGAAAAUGAUAAAACAUACACAUCCAAUUACAAUAUAAAUCUUGAAGAUAAUAAAAAUUCUCCAGAUAAUAACCAAAAUUAUAUAUCAACAUUUAACAAAGAUAUAGGUCCAAAUAAAUCUGAAAGAUCAUAUUAUGAUGUGUAUGGAAGAGAAUAUGAUGAUAACAAAUAUAAUCCAUAUAAUAAAACAAAUAAUCAUAACACAAAUCAAAAUGGAUCGACAACGUAUGGGUCCAAUGCCAAUGGAACAUACGGGCCUAAUGGAACAUAUGGAUCUAAUGGAACAUACGAGCCUAAUGAAUCAUAUGGACCUAAUGGAGCAUAUGGACCUAAUGGAACAUAUGGACACAAUGGAAAGUAUGGGUCUAAGGGAACAUACGGAAAUAAUGAAACUCCUUAUUAUGUGGAACAUCCAGAAUAUGAUAAUGGAAAAUCUAUGUCCGAUUUUCAUGUAAAAGAUUCCAAGGAUAAUAUUGGACCUGGGGGAGAUUACCCUAAUUUGUAUCAAAACAUAUAUGGAAAUGAAAAAAAUCCAAAUAUUUUUCCAGGAAGUCCUCGUAAUAUAAAUGUAUAUUCUGUUCACCAUAUACCAAAUAAUGGUGCAAAUGGUGGUUUAAAUAGUGGUGCAAAUGGUGGUUUAAAUAAUGGUGCAAAUGAUGGUUUAAAUAAUGGUGCAAAUGGUGGUUUAAAUAAUGGUGCAAAUGGUGGUUUAAAUAAUGGUGCAAAUGGUGGUUUAAAUAAUGGUAUGAACAAUGGUAUGAAUAAUGGUAUGAAUAAUGGUAUGAAUAAUGGUAUGAAUAAUGGUAUGAAUAAUGGUAUGAAUAAUGGUACAAAUGGUGGUUUAAAUAAUGGUAUGAAUAAUGGUAUGAAUAAUGGUAUGAAUAAUGGUAUGAAUAAUGGUAUACAUGAUGACUUAUAUAAUAGUGAAAACAGUACUUUUAAUAACGGUCUGAAUAAUUCAGGAAGAACUGGAUUAAAUAAUGCAUAUCCUCAUAAUGGUAUGCUUAAUAAUGGAACCGAAUAUAAUGUACAUUAUGGAAACAGUGAUUCUAAUAAUACGAAUGACAGUAUGCUAAAUGAAAACUAUUAUAGUGAUAGUGACUAUGAUGAUCACACCCCAGGGAACAAAAAGAAAGUAUAUAAAAGUGUAGCUGAAAGGAAUAAAAAAUCUGCUUCUCAAGAUAGUUUAGGAGCAGGAUUUAGUGAUAGUGAUAGCGAUAGUGAAUACGAAGUAGUAGAUGGGGAAAAUAAAAAAUACAAAAAGAAGAAUAAGGAAAAUAAUGAAAAAGAUAAAUAUGAAAAUAAUUGGGAUUCCAAUAAUUAUAAUUCUGAUAAUGAAAUUAAAGAUGGUUAUUUAAGUGAAUCUGAAAGAGAAUAUGCAAGAAAUAAAGCGAAUGAAAUUGAAGAUAAAAUGAAGAAAGGAGAAUAUUCUCGAAAGUAUAAAAAUAGUAAAUCGAAUGAAUCCGGAUAUGCUUCAAAACAAACAUCCGAUUCAGAUGAUUCUGAUAUUGAAGCAAAUGCAUUUUAUGUAGAUAAUGGACAAGAAAUGUUAAUAAAAGAAAAAGAACAUUAUUCAAGUGAUUCAGAACAUCAUAAGGAAGAAUCUGCUUCUAUUGGAAAUUUAAAUGUAUUUUUUCCUGCUGAAAAUUAUCAUUUUUCAACGUAUAUGGGAUUUGAUAGAAGAUCGUUUUUACCCUCUAAUGAAAUUGAAUUAGAAAAAAUGAUUGGAGCGAACUUUUCAAAUGAAGUUAAAAAUUAUUGUAGCCGUCAAAAUGUUGCACAAAAAAUAGGAGACUAUCUGAAUAUAUCAUUUGAAUAUUCUAGAGCAUUAGAAGAAUUAAGAUCUGAAAUGAUCCUAGAUUUUAAUAAACGUAAACAUUUAACAAAUAAUACUGAUGACACAAUUUUACACAUGAUAGAAAAUGCAGAGAAAAGAAAAAAUGAUCCUAAUUAUAAAGAAGCGUAUGAAAAUAAAGAUUAUGCAAAUAAUGCUAAUAUCUUUAUGAAUGAAUAUAGUAAUCCAUUAAGUACAAAAUAUAAUAAAAUAUUAAAAGAAUAUCUUUGUCAUUUAUUUGUUAAUAAUCCAGGUACUAAACCAUUAGAGAGAUUAUAUUAUAAUAGUUUAGCAUUAGGAGAACUUGUUGAACCAAUAAGAAAUAAAUUUAAAAGUUUAGCAUCAUCCACAAUUGAUUUUAAUUAUGAAAUUCAUAUGGCUUCGGCAUCUAAUAUAUAUUUACUUGCACAUUUCUUAGUAUUAUCCUUGGCAUAUCUUUCAUAUAAUGAAUAUUUUACGACAGGAACCAAAUCAUUUUAUUCAUUACCAACCAUACUUACAGCUAAUUCUGAUAAUAGUUUUUUCAUGUUAAAUGAAAUGUGUAAUAUUCAUUAUAAUCCCAAUAAAAAUUUCAAAAAAGAUAUAACGUUUAUACCUAUUGAAUCAAGGCCUAAAAGAACUACAACAUUUUAUGGUGAGAGAAGAUUAACAUGUGAUUUAUUGGAAUUAGUAUUAAAUGCUAUUAUGUUAAUUAAUAUUAAUGAAAUAAACAAUGUAUUUUCUAAUAAUAAUGUAGAUGGAUAUGAAAAUUCCUUAUCUUUUUCACAUAAUGCUAUUAGAAUAUUUUCGAAAGUAUGUCCUAAAAUUAAUAAUGACAAUGUAUUAAAAUGUGAAUUUGAAGAAUCAAGUUUAUAUAAUCCUAAAAUUAUUAAGAAUGAUACAUCAGAAAAAUCGAGUCAAAAAAAUUUAAAAAAAGCAUUUGAUUUAUUAAGAACUUAUGCUGAAAUAGAAGGCCAUUCAGCUGAAGGUAGCACAAGUCCAUAUUAUGUAAGUCUAAUAUUAGAUGAUAUGAAAUAUAAUGAUUUUUAUAAAUAUACACUUUGGUAUGAACCUAGAGAAUUAAUAUAUGGUGAUAUCAGAGGUAUGCAAAUGAAAAAAAAGAAGAAAACAAAAUAUAUAUAUAACGAUUUUAUGAAAAAGAGUACCCAAUUAAAAAAGAAAUUAAUAAAAAAUGAUUUGAAAUAUAAUUUAAAGAGUAAAGGAUUAGUAUUUUUAUAUGCAAUGAUUGAUAAAUAUGGAAGUAUAUUAAAUAAAAGUCAAAAAGCAAAAGUUCAAUUUUUAAAUAGUACUUCAUCUAUACGUUAUUAUCUAUAUUUAAACAAAGUAAUAUUCAAGUCAGCAAAAACCUAUUUAGAUAUUAUGAAAAGAGUAUUAGAAGAAUUACAAACGUCUACCAAUACACCAUUGAAAUUCCUUGUUAGAGGAAAUUAUAUAGAAAAUAUAAAUAAUAUUGCUAGAAAUGAUAAUAUGUUUUAUGCAAACUUAUUUGUAUUAACAGCAUUAUCCAGAAGAGAUCCAGUAAAAGAUUAUUAUAAUGAUAAAAGGAAAAUGUUGUCUGCUACAUUAGCUGAGAAAUUUGCUAAUUCUACAUCUAUGUUAAUACCGCACAAACUUAGAAAAUUAGUUGUAUCUAUGAAAAAGGGACUGUUAAAAAAGAAAUUACUUACAUCAUUGGCCAAGGUAAAAUUAUUACAACAUAUACCUGCGCACAUGUUAGAAAAUAUCACAUCAAGUAUACGUUUCACAACUCAUACCAUAGCAACAAUGCAAAUUAUACAAAAUGCUAAAUAUAUGUCCAAGCACAAUUUUUCUCAGUAUGAUAGUAAGGGUAUGUUAGCUAGACAAAUAUUCACAAAGGGUGGUUUUGCAGAAUAUGCAGAUAAUUUAAUGGCAAAAUGGUUUUCUAAAGGUUUUGAAGAAUAUAAAAGAGAACAAAUUGAAAAUUUCAAAAUGGAAAAUUCCAUUGAUUCUGAAUUAAAAGAUUCCGAAAGAGAAGAUGAAAAUGAUAGUUCAGAAGAAAGUGCCAAGAAAAAAUUACAAGAUCUUCAAUUAGAAGAAAGAGAAAAAAUGAAAAAAGAGAACAGUUUAUUAUUUAAUCAAAGUGAUAAAUGGGAUCAAUUUAUAAAUAAGGAACUUGUAAGAGCAUUAGGUUUAUGGUUAGAAUUUAAUGAUAAUCCAACUAAUGCAUCUUCGUUUGUUUAUAAAGUAGUAGAAGAUAGUAAACAUUUAUUAGAAAAUAACAUAGAUAAUAAUAUUAUUUUUUCAAGAACAGUAAAACCAACUAAACAAACAGCUUUCAGAAGAUUCUUUAAUAAAAUAUUAUCUCUUGGAAAUAUGCUUUUAAGAAAGCCUAGUUUUAGAGUAGAACAUGCAUUAUGGUUUGGUGCAACUAUAGAUAUAAAAAAAGCAUUUAUAUUAUUAGAAAAAGUAAGUGAAUUACAUAAAAUGUUAAAUAAUCAGGAUGAAUCAUGGUUAAUUAAUGAAGCUUUUAUAGAAAUUGUUGAUCAUGUCGUAGAUUUAAGUACAUAUAAACAUGUACGAGAACCAUUUGGUGUUGCAAGAAAUCCUGGAAUGAUGGCAAUAAAUCCUAAAUAUGCAGAAUUAUCUCAUGAAAAUCGACUUAGAGAAUUACAAAAUUCUAUGUGUGCUGAUCAUUGUUCUUCUGUAUGGAAAGUUAUAUCUUCUUUUGCAUUACACCAUUUAAAGAAUCCUGAUAGUUUACAUACAUAUGAAAGCAAGUUUUCUAAAAAUUCUUUUGGUAACAAAAUUGAUGAUAAAGAUUUUGUUCAUAAUUUUAAGAUGAUACUAGGAGGAGAUGCAGUUUUACAUUAUUUUGAUAAUUUAUUACCAAAAACAAUGAAAAAGGAUUUGAAAGCAAUGAAAUAUGGUGUAUCAUUAACAUCUGCAUAUUCACUCAAAUUAACUAAAAUUAUUUUUAGUCAAAUGCAAUUACCUUACUUAAGUCAAAUGUUUUAUAUGCAAGCUCCAUAUUUUGGUCAUUUUAUAGGAAAAUGGCAAAAAAAAAGACAACAAAGCAGACUUAAAGAAAUCAUGUCUUUUAUGACUCUUGGAAGUUUAUCUGCUUAUACACUUUUUAGUGCUAUGGAUAUAACACAACAAGCUAAAGAUAUAGGUGCAGGACCAGUAGCUAGCUGUUUUACAACUAGAAUGUCUCCUCCACAACAAAUAUGUUUAAAUUCAGUUGUUAAUACGGCAUUAUCUACUUCCACUCAAUCGGCUAUGAAAUGUGUUUUCUCUGUUGGUCUCUUUGCAUCUAUAGGGCCAUACUUAUUUGCUCCUAUGGCAGGUUUAGCUGUAUGGAAUAUAUUAAAAUCUGAAUUCAAGGUUUUACAAAGAAUAGAUAUGGCAUUAAAAAAUGUUUUCAAAAAUAUGUGGAAUAAAUUCUUAUCCCUAAAAGGAAUUAGUAAAUUAAGAGGUAUUUUUAAGAGAAAGAAAGCUAUGAAAAAAAAAAUUAUAGAAAAUGCCACACGCAAGAUGAAUGACAUGAAGAACAACCCAGAAAAGGCCAAGGCUCAUAAAAUGGCACUAAAAAAAAUUAAUAACUAUUCUAAAGGAAGCUACCAUUACAUAUCAUACGCGAAAAUAAGAAUAUAA